UCAUAAUGCAUUUACGUUUUAGCUGUUAGGCUACAAUGGAAGUUGCGCGAAAUUUAGUUUAUUACGUCACAGUGACGUCACUGUUAUUGCAUUAUACGUCAUCAGUGGGAGUCGAUUUAGGUAGUUGCGGUUGCAUGUGUGGUGCAGGCGGAAGUGGGGGGGUGAUUGGUGGCAGCUCCACCGCCACGGGAGCAUCGUUCCUCAACAAUGUAAGGGGUCCCAAAGGAAACGUUGGAAGGCCCGGGAAGUCGGGACCUCCGGUAAUCAUGGAAAUCAUGUAAAAUUUAUUUUAACUAACGUUUGUUACGUAAUACAGGGUAUGCCGGGACCGCCAGGAUUGAGGGGGGAGAUGGGACCGCCAGGCGUGGCUGGUGGUACCGGAGGUGGCGGUCUUUUCACCUCAUGUUUCGAAAUAAGAAGCGCCGGUGAAACUACUAACGGGAUUUACACAAUCAAACCAAGCCCUACUUCAGCUAAUAUUGAGGUGUAUUGUGACAUGAACACAGCAGGUGGAGGGUGGACAUUGGUGGCGAGCGUUCAUGAAAACAACAUUAACGGGAAAUGUACGGUUGGUGACUAGUGGUCCAACGACCAGGGUGCCAGUAACACAACAGGAACCGGAAGUUGGUCGAAUUUUAAUGUUUUCGGGAGCGUGGAGGGCGCCACUAGCGGUGACUACAAGAGCCCUGCCUAUUACAACUUAUUGGGAAGUGACGUCAUGAUAUGGCACGUGCCCAACGACGCCGAAUCUGGCCAAUGGGCGGACAGCGCUACUUUCAAAUAUUACACUGAUAAUAGAUUUCUAAACAAUUAUGGAGGAACUCUGCAGUCUUUGUAUUCAAAAUAUUUUCCACUGAGGAAGUCACUGGUGUCUGAAACCGCAUACGAAGGCAUAGCUUCAAUACUGGCAGCUCUUAACCGAGUCGAGCCAGACAUUCGGCGAACAAUUCCUGACUUCUACAAUUACAACUACGAUCACUCGGGCAUACAGAACUCGAUUGGCGAUGGCGGCGGUGACAUGUACGAUACUGGUAACAAGGUAUUUUACAAAAUCGGAGGCAACGCUUUCCAAAGAAUCACCUACACACGUAAAUACGAAGAUCUAGUAAACGGGGUUGAGAUCGUAAGUUCGACGGGCCAUCCUUUCUUCAUGCUUAUGUGGAUUGGAAACCAUGCAAGAGCCGUCGAUACUUUCCAAAUAAAGGUUGAAUCUGGAACGGGAGCAGACGGAAGUGGUAGACACGCUACUUAUAGCGGGAGCGUUGUUUACGAAGAUCUAAGUAGUUCAUACAAGGCUUACAGUGUGUGGGAUGCUAAUGAUCCAACUAUAUGUGAAGUCUAUUUCCAUAUUUCUAACCCAAGGGGUUGGGGUUCGGUCGCCCCAACGUCAUUCGAAACACCAUCAUGGAGCUCAGGAACAGAUAACUUAAACAACGUCGCAAGUAUCGGUGGAAGCCCCGAGUCCGUGAUAUUUGGCUACACGUUGUUAUCGAGAGAUGACGAUUUCCAAGUGACCAACAGUCACGUGAGGGCAGCAUUGACACGAAUUAUGCAAGAAAUCAGUUCAUUCCGUCAGAUUGAAAACUUCAACUGCAGCCGACUGAACGAGAGUUUGGUUGUUCCCGUCCAAUUUGACGUCGGAUCCAACGAGGCCAUGACGUCACACAUACCACCAGCGGUGAGGGAACGAGCACCUCCAGGUUUCAUUCAUUUCCGAGCCUUUGACCCGAAAGGUGUUCCAAACGCAUUGUGUCCUGGUGUAAGAUCUGAUUCAUGCCGUCCCUCCUCCAUUUGUGUUGGGGGAAUCAACACCAUACCAACAAACACCAGGGCUUGUGGAGAUUUCGCUGGUUGGGACGGGAUAUCGUCUGACCACCCCACCGACACCGAGCCUGCAGGACAUGCAAAGUCCAAGAAUGAUGUCGCUUCGUCUCUAUUGUUAUUUACUCGAAGCAGAGUUUCUUAACAUCGCGCGUGAUUGUUUGGCAAUUGUGACGUACAAUGUGUGGUUUAAUCAGUAAUCGAAUUAAUUAAAAUACAAUUCAAUCACGAA